AUGGCUGCCCCUCCCCCGCCGCCCUUGACCCUCCGAUCAAGGCUCCUCUUUAAGAAAUGGGGCCCCGCGUGGGAAGAUGGCUUUCAGCCCCCGCUGGUUGGUGGAAAAGCGCUGGGCUCGCAGUGCAGAUACCCGGGCUCAAUGGCAGAGGAACGCGUGACGGGGCUGGUCCCCACCUGUAAGGCCUCUGCCUCCACGUGGUGCUGGAAAAGGGGGACGUCUGCCUGGCGGCCCCGGCAGCCCCCUGGUCCCGGCCCCGCCAGCGCAAGCAAUCCUCGCCCUCGCGAACGGCUGGCUUCAUCUGCAGGACUGAGUGUGGGCGAGCUCGCGCCCCGGGCACCUGCCGCCCCGGCCUCGGUGGACCCAAGCCUUCAGGACUUGGCUGGAACCCGAGGCAGGGCGGCAGGAGGCGCCCUCCUGGACAGUUCCCGCCAGAUCCAGCAGCUGCCUUUGACACUCCGGGGCCACUGCAAGGGCACCAGCGUCUGCCAGGCUGACCCCAGGCCUGACUGUUGCAAGGCCCAGCGGGGAGACAGCUCAGAGGACCCAGAGCUGCUGCCCGGGGAUCCCCCCAGCCAGGAGGGCCCAAUUGCCUCGCUCCGGGCUCCCCCGGCGCACUGUCCCUCACCGCUGAUGCCCUGGUCACUCACUCCAGGUCCACCCUGCAGGACAGAGGCGCUUCCCGCGGUCCUCUUUGACCGCCCAGGUGGAGAGAGCAGCCAGUGCGUCCACACGGAGGCAGUGACGGCCCAGAGGGUGGCCGAGCUGCGGGGCCGCCAGGCUGGGCCGUCCAGGGCGCCUGGGUCCCCCUCAUUCCUGAUCCGGCGGAGCAGCCGGCAGUCUUCUCCACUCCCUGGGGUGGGCGCCCCCAGGACCAGCCCCACACGUCCUCGUGUGGAGUGGACCAGCCCUGAUCCAGACACCGCAGGCAUCGGUCCCCGUGGGUCCUCCACCCUCUUCAGUCAGCUGUGGCCUGUGCGUCAGAGUGUGGCCCCGGGGGCAGAAGACAGGGAUUCAAACCGGAGGCUCGGGAAGGGGACCAGCCUGUGUCUUGGACCGCCUGAUGUGCACACUCAGGCAAAGUACUAG